AUGCUGGGAUCAUUCACAAUCUUUGCCAUGGUUGUCUUUGUUCUGUUGUGCUCCCUGGGGAUUAUGGCUAAUGGCUUCAUUGUUGUGGUACUGGGAAGGGAAUGGGUUCGAUGCCACCGGCUGUCUCCCUGUGACAUGAUCCUAAUCAGUUUGGGUGCCGCCCGCUUCUGCCUGCAAUGGGUUGGAAUGGUGCACAAUUUCUACUAUUUUCUUGACUACCUUCGAUAUUCUAAGGAACCUGCCCGCCAGUACUUUGGGAUUUACUGGGAUUUUCUGAAUACAGCCACAUUCUGGUUUGCCACUUGGCUUAGUGUCCUCUUCUGUGUGAAGAUUGCAAACUUCACUCACCCCAUUUUCCUUUGGCUGAAAUGGAGAGUCAAGGAACUAGUACCCUGGUUCCUACUAGCCUCCCUGCUAAUGUCUUCCAUCUUCACUAUGCUAUUUUUUGCAGGGAACAAUAUUUUGUUCCAGGCACUCUUGCAGGGGACAUUUUUGGGGAACAUAACCUUAUAUGGCUUCACUAGGAAACUAGAAAUCUACUACUUUCUCCCUUUGAAGCUCAUCACUGUGUCUAUCCCCUUUUCUUUGUUUGUAGUGGCAAUAGUUCUGCUGAUUUCCUCUCUGUGGAGACACUCCUGGAGAAUGCGACAUAGAGCCAGCAGUGCCCAGGAUCCUAGGACUCAGGCUCACACCAGAGCUCUGAAAUCACUGGUCUCCUUCCUAGUCCUUUAUGCUUUUUCUUUUACGUCUUUUGUCAUUGAUUCUGCCUCUUCAGAUUUUGAGAGUGCUUGGUACUGGCUAUGGCAAAUUGUGAUUUACCUGUGCACAUCUGUUCAUCCCUUCAUUCUUAUCUUUAGCAAUUCCCAGCUAGGAGCAGCACUCAUGAAGCUUCUUCUUUUGCUUAAAAAAAGGUGGGCAUCGUCUCCUACUUAA